UCCUAACAACCUGAUCUCCACCUGCUUCCUGUUUCAUUCUGGGAAACAGUAUCAGCAGUUACUCGGACAUCUUACUUGCGUCGGCUCAUCUCAGAAGAGUGAACUCAACUACAGAGUGCGGUAAACCAACUGAAGAGAAGAGAUUUUUUUUCGGUCAAUUUCAGAUUCAGAAACAAGAAUGUCUCAAACUGUCGCACCUGUGAACUCUUCAACGCUUGUCAUCCAGUUUCAACCACCAACACAAACAACAGCAGCUGGAACUGGGACAAAUGCUCCUGUGCCUGUUUAUGUACAACAGCUAGCAGGAGUUUCACCUCUUCAUGGACUUCAGGCAUUUCUGAAAGGCCAACCAAAAGCCCUUGGGACUGUCCAGAUAAUGAUUGGUCUGUGGACUCUCCUGUUGGGAAUCGUGUCUUCACUUCAUGCAGCAUCCACCUUUGUCUAUAGUGGUAUUCCUUACUGGGGAUCUCUCAUCUACAUUAUUGCAGGCUCACUCUCCAUUGCUGCAGAAAACAAACUGAAUUCACCCUCCAGUUUGUGUUUGGUGAAAGGUUCACUUGGGAUGAACAUUUUCAGUACUAUAACUGCAGGCAUUUCCAUUAUCAUAAUUUCAAUGGAUCUGGUUAUAGGGCCAUUGAACAUGUACAUUUACUGCAAUGAUUAUGAGUGUAAUUAUUUUAAGGAAAGUUAUAAGACACUCUUCUUUGGAAUCAGUAGUGUGUCAUUGAUAUUCGCCUUCCUUGAGUUUAUCAUCUCCAUCUGUCUGUCAGCAUUUGCCUGUAAAGUCACCCCCUGUUGUACUCCACAGGUGGCGUUUGUUCCACAAGUUUUACCUCAACAGCCCUGUUGUUUCAGGCACACUCAUGUCCAUGAUCUUUACAACCCAGAGAUAACUGUGGUCAGCAACCCUUCAAUGAUCACCUUCCUGCAGAAAUUCCUCCACAAUACAGUGAAUUAAAUUAAUGAAUAUUAAAACGGACUGGACAGAGUUGAGGUGGGACACAUGAGUUUCCCAUUGAUUUCCUGUCUCUCUAAUGUCAUCAAAAGAGAAUAUGACAACAAAGUAAAAAUCACUUGAUCAGAUAAUAAGAUUUUUUUAAGUCACAAAUGUGUAAACAAUAACUAUUCAAGACUAGAUACUAUUUGUACUACUAUGCUGUUUACCUUAUUACUGAAAUUGGAUAUUCUUUUGAACAACUACUUGCUUAAUACAGUAUAAUCAGUAAGAAUAAAGUAUAUCAAAUUUAAAAAUGG